AUUCGCAGGAUUUCUCCCCCCUUCAGUCAGAGGGACAGUGAAGCGGAGGCGAGAGAAGCGGUUACUGCGAGCGUCCCGCUUUAACACGAGUUUUACCGUGUUUAAAAAGUAGCGCUGCGCGCGAUGGAGAACGACGAGAGCAAGUACCUGCCCGAGCUGCUGGCCGAGAAGGACAGUCUGGACGCGUCCUUCACCCACGCCAUGAAGCUCCUCUCCGCAGAGAUUGACAGGAUACAGAAAGGGGAGGUGGUGGUGAAGAAGGAGGAGGACGAGACGUACCUGGACCUGUUUGCCACGAAGAACAUCAAGCUCAAGGAAAGGGUCCUCAUCCCAGUCAAGCAGUACCCAAAGUUCAACUUUGUGGGGAAGAUCCUGGGCCCCCAAGGCAACACCAUAAAGCGGUUGCAGGAGGAGACUGGGGCCAAGAUCUCGGUCCUCGGAAAGGGCUCCAUGCGUGACAAGACCAAGGAAGAGCAGCUCCGCAAGGGGGGCGAACCCAAGUAUGCCCACCUGUCCAUGGAGCUGCACGUGUUCAUCGAGGUGUUUGCACCUGUGCCCGAAGCAUACCUGCGAAUGGCCCACGCCAUGGAGGAGGUCAAGAAGUUCCUUAUUCCAGACACGAUGGAUGAGAUUUGCCAGAAGCAGUUCAUGGAGAUGAGCUAUCUGAACGGGGCCCAGGACUCCAGCGCCAGGGGCCGGGGGGGACCUCCAGGCAGGGGCCGAGGAGCACCUCCCCCACCCUCGUCCGCAGCACGGGGCAGAGGUGUGCCGCCUCGUGGAGCGGGGGCCCGAGGGGGUCAGGCGAGGGGGGGGGCGACCAGGGGAGCAACAGUCAGCAGAGGUGGAGCGCCAGCCCAGCCGGCCAGGGGCGGAGCUGCCAGCAGGGCCCGCCCCCCAGCACCAGCCCCGAGGAUGCUUCCCCUCCCUGCUCAUGGCCCCCAGCACCCCCACCCACCAGCCCCAGAGCCGUACGAGGAAUACACUUACGAUGAGAGCUACGCGGAGUCGACGUACGAGCCGUACGACACCUACUACAACCAGCCCCCCCAGGCGGAUACGGAGUACUAUGACUAUGGCCACGGAGAGGCCCCGGAAUCGUACGAAUCCUACGCUCAGGAUGACUGGAAUGGGGCGCGUGUGGCGAGCACCGGCAAGGCCCCCCCAGCGAGACCCACCAAAGGGGCAUACAGAGAGCAUCCGUACGGACGAUACUGAACGGGCGCGUUGCGCUGGAUUCCCACUGUCCCCCGUAGCAGCGCUCGUUUUUUAACAACCACUUCAAAGUAAUUGUCCGUCUGGGAUUUUUUUGGUUUUGUUUUCUAUUCUGGACUGUUUUUUUAAUUAAUUCAGAAUUGGACUGUGUAUCUGUUGAAAAAGGACUAAAUUUCAGCAAUUGGCCAUUUCAUUAUUUCCAUCCAGUUUUCUGCAGUGUUGAUCUGAUUUAAAAAAAAAAAAAAAAAAAAAAAAAAGUGGGAUAAAUGCAGGUUUAAUCUGCGUGGUGGAGAAAAAUGUUAGACCUAUAGCUCCAGUUGUUAGAUACUUAGAUUUCAUUUUUUUUUUUUUUUAUUGAGUAAAAUUUGCGAAUUCCAAUUUCUGCCACGUUUGGAAUUUCUGUGGGAUUUUGUUUGUAAUAUAUAGGCAACAAAGAAAUGUCAAGUGACUGGAGGGUAGAGUUCUGUAAAUGAACUAUCCUUCGUUGUCGUAAUUUUCCAAUACGUUGAGUUCUGAAAUGCAGCCCUGCUAGGCGCCGUCUCGAUCACCUGCCCUUAAGGACGCAGUUUAAUCACCGUGUUCGGCCUGAAAGCCCCUCCGUUCUUCCAAACUCGGAGCCACAUUGUUUUCCCUUUAACUUUGAAAAAUGAAGUAAGAUUAAUGUAAAAGUAAAAAAGGUCUGCAGAGGAUGGGGACUCGGGGUUUUUCUGCAGUUGCAGCUGAAUCCCAUCCUUUGCACAGCCUUCCGUUUCCACGUAAGUGUACGCUACCAUUCUCAGAUGUACCUCCUCCACAAAGUGCACAAUGCUACCUGUGUAAGUUUGCCUAAAUAGGUAAAGUAUCUGUCCCGAAAUGUUUUGCAGCAGUUUGUCAAUAAAGCCUAGCUUUUUUAUCAAACUAAACUUGGUACCUUUUUGUUUCUGCUAUUAUAAAAUAAUGCAAUGUCAUAUUUUAAACGCUUAAAUAACAAAUUAGUCUCAAGAUAUCCAGUUUAAACAUUUGCAUGUACUGUAGUUUGAAGAGGUUAAAAGAAAAUUCUACGAGACGUUCGGUCGGCGGCUCGGAAACGGACGAGAACAGCUUAUAUCUUUUAUGUCGUAUUAAAAAGGAACUAGAGGUAAGAACUUCUAUGACAUCUUUAAAACAAACCUGACAGCUUUCUUCUUAACCAAGAUACUGUGUUUCCAAGUACCUUCUUAGGACUUCCAGCAGUGCCUCAAAUGCUUGCCUUUGUGUCUAUUAAUAAAACCCGGCACUAAGUGACUGCUAUUAAAUGUAUUGUUAGUUUCUGAAGUAACGGCUUGAACAACCAUUCAGGUGCAGCGUACAGG